GCCCCGACAAGGCGACAACACAAAAACCGCGAAAGGAAAAAAAUUAACCGGAAGAAAUAGUUCGCGGCCUCUCAAACCCUUCCUCCCCAUCUUCCUCUCCGUCGCGGCUGCCUCCGCCCGCCGCCGCAGCCGUCGUUCAUCGCAGGAGAGAUGGGUGUCAAGGGUUUGACGAAGCUGCUGGCGGACAACGCGCCCAAGGCGAUGAAGGAGCAGAAGUUCGAGAGCUACUUCGGCCGCCGCAUUGCGGUCGACGCCAGCAUGAGCAUCUACCAGUUCCUUAUUGUAGUUGGAAGGACAGGGAUGGAAACCCUUACAAAUGAAGCUGGUGAAGUCACCAGUCAUUUGCAAGGUAUGUUUAACCGGACAAUAAGGUUGCUUGAGGCAGGAAUUAAACCAGUAUAUGUUUUUGAUGGCAAGCCUCCUGACAUGAAGAAACAAGAGCUUGCAAAGAGAUAUGCAAAGAGAGAGGAUGCCACCGAAGAGCUGACCAAGGCAGUGGAGACAGGAGAUACGGAUGCAAUUGAAAGAUUCAGCAAGAGAACCGUGAAAGUCACUAAGCAGCACAAUGAUGACUGUAAGCGACUAUUAAGGCUGAUGGGUGUUCCUGUUGUAGAGGCACCUUGUGAAGCAGAAGCACAAUGUGCUGCCCUUUGCAUAAAGGACAAGGUGUAUGCUGUCGCAUCAGAAGAUAUGGACUCGCUUACUUUUGGAGCUCCACGGUUUGUUCGUCAUUUGAUGGAUCCAAGUUCCAGGAAAAUACCUAUCAUGGAAUUUGAAGUCGCGAAAAUUCUAGAGGAGCUUGAAUUCACUAUGGACCAAUUCAUUGACUUGUGUAUCCUCUGUGGAUGUGACUAUUGUGAUAGCAUUAAAGGUAUUGGGGGCCUAACAGCUCUGAAGCUUAUUCGUCAACACGGGUCAAUAGAAGGCAUUCUGGAAAAUAUUAAUAAAGACAAAUAUCAAAUUCCUGAGGACUGGCCUUAUGAAGAAGCUCGGCGCUUGUUCAAGGAACCCAAUGUUACAUUGGAUCUUCCUGAGCUCAAAUGGACUGCACCUGAUGAGGAGGGCCUCGUUAAUUUUUUAGUGAAAGAAAACGGUUUCAAUCAAGAUCGGGUGACAAAGGCCAUCGAGAAGAUUAAAUCAGCCAAGAAUAAAUCAUCCCAAGGAAGGCUCGAGUCGUUUUUCAAGCCAACUGUUAGCACAUCAGUACCACUGAAGCGAAAGGAAACUUCAGAAAAACCAACGAACGCUGCUGCAAGCAAGAAAGCAAAAUCGACCCGUGGAAGGAAGAAAUAAGUUCGAUGCGCGAAGUGAGCUACAAAAGCUUUGUUGGCAACUCUCAGUUAGAUCAUUAACCUCAUGUUGUGUAACUCCAACCUUUGUUCAAUACUUUCUAAUGUUCUAAGGUUUAGGUAAAUUAGUGACUCUGAAAAGGAAAAACCUGUUGCUAAGUUGUGAAAUCUGUGCGUUCAUCUGUUGGCGAUGGUAUGAUCUUUCCUUCUCUAAUGGAAGAUUCGGUGUUGCAGAUUUA